AUGGCGCUGAAGCUCCGCUCAGCUCUUGUAAAGGAGUGUGGUGAGGAUGUGAAGGGUCACGAGGGCUCUCUGGCCACGCUGUUGAUGCUGAAUCACUGCCCCGCCCCCAAACCCACCACUGCCACUGCAGCCCCGCCCCCAAACCCACCACUGCCACUGCAGCCCUGCCCCCAAACCCACCACUGCCACUGCAGCCCUGCCCCCAAACCCACCACUGCAGCCCCGCCCCCAAACCCACCACUGCCACUGCAGCCCCGCCCCCAAACCCACCACUGCCACUGCAGCCCCGCCCCCAAACCCACCACUGCAGCCCCGCCCCCAAACCCACCACUGCCACUGCAGCCCCGCCCCCAAACCCACCACUGCCACUGCAGCCCCGCCCCCAAACCCACCACUGCCACUGCAGCCCCACCCCCAAACCCACCACUGCAGCCCGCCCCAAACCCACCACUGCAGACCCACCCCCAAACCCACCACUGCCACUGCAGCCCCGCCCCCAAACCCACCACUGCAGCCCCGCCCCCAAACCCACCACUGCCACUGCAGCCCCGCCCCCAAACCCACCACUGCCACUGCAGCCCUGCCUCCAAACCCACCACUGCAGCCCCGCCCCCAAACCCACCACUGCCACUGCAGCCCCGCCCCCAAACCCACCACUGCACUGCAGCCCCACCCCCAAACCCACCACUGCAGCCCGCCCCCAAACCCACCACUGCCACUGCAACUGCAGCCCCGCCCCCAAACCCACCACUGCAGACCCGCCCCCAAAACCACCACAUCCAAUCUCUAUGUCGGGACAGCUCACAGCCAAGCACGGCCAGCGUUGGACGAUGUUUUUGA